AUGUCUUAUUAUUUCGUAAUAGUUGGUACUAAAGAUAAUCCAAUUUAUGAAUUAGAAUUUGGUACUUCGGGUAUAAAAUCUGGCAAUAUCGACUCUAAUUUGAAGAAAGAUGAAAGUAGACACUUGAACCAAUUUAUUGUACAUUCCGCAUUAGAUCUCGUUGAAGAAAUGCAAUGGAAUAAAUUUAAUGACUGGCUUGUUUCCGCAUUCACUACAGCUGGAAAUAUUAAAUUCAUGUUGUUACAUGAAUCAAAAAAUGAAGAUGGUAUCCGAAAUUUUUUCAAUGAAUGUUAUGAACUUUAUAUCAAGAUUCUAAUGAAUCCAUUUUAUGAGCUCAAUACUCGGAUUACUUCUUCUUCAUUUGAUGCCAAAUUUAUCCCAUUUUCCACAAAUAACUUAAGAAUUUUCUUGACUCUAAGAGUUUUAAUUCGCAAGGCAACCGGUGUAAUAACAGCUCGUGUCGCAUUUCAAAUAAAUGAAUUAAGCUUUUUGUUUGUGGUUUUUAUGCCACUUUCGAUUUUUUAUCAUCAAGAAAAUCACAUGAUAAACCCCGUACGAUCAAACUUGUCGAACACUUUUGCCAAUUCACUAAUUUGGUUUGUUAAAAGUAAUUUAUUACCAAUGAAUGAAAAAGGAUCUUGA